AAGAAGCCAGGCCUUCUAUUCGGGUUGGAUUGAACUUUUUUGUCUUUGGCGGCCUACCCCCCAUGCUUUUUUUGCUUCUUCCUCCACAUAUCACCAUGUAACUUUAACUGUACCCCAUUGAUUAAGUUACAAAACCAGCUUUAUAAAAUAAAAUCUUUGUGCUUUAAACACAACAUUCAUCAUCAUUAGUGCGAAAAUGCAGCUUUUUGUGUUCAUCUCCAAAACCCAAUCUUCUUCUCAUCUCAUGAACUUCAUUUUGAUCUCAUCUUCUGUUUGUGUCACCUAUCUUGUUGUAUCGGUUUUGUUACUCAACGGCUCGAAGCCGCCGUCUCUGCGUGCGUAUUCUUCUUACCAAGAUGUUAAUACACCGACGACAGUGGAGCAUAUUGUUUUCGGGAUAGCUUCUAAUCAGAAAUCAUGGACGAAACGGAAGGAGUAUGUUAAGUUAUGGUGGAAGCCUCGUCGAAUGCGUGGAUGUUUGUUCCUUGAAAGCAUGCCUUCUAAUGCAACUUUAAUGGAUGUUGAUGAUGUUACUUUGCCUCCUAUAUGCAUUUCGGAGGAUACUUCGAGGUUUCGUUACACUUACAGGGGUGGUCUUCGAUCGGCGAUCCGUGUAGCACGUGUGGUUUCGGAGACAGUUGCUCUUAACCAUCCUAAUGUAAGGUGGUAUGUUUUUGGGGAUGAUGACACAGUUUUCUUUCCGGAGAACUUGGCAAAGACACUUUCUAAAUACGAUCAUCAGCUUUGGUACUACAUCGGGGCUGACUCGGAGAUUUAUGAACAGAACAGGAUUUUCGGGUUCGGAAUGGCGUUCGGGGGAGCAGGCUUUGCUAUAAGUUACCCAUUGGCUAAAGUUUUGGCUAAAGUUUUCGAUUCAUGUAUAGAACGCUAUCCUCAUCUCUACGGAAGUGAUUCCAGGGUCUACUCUUGCUUGACGGAGCUCGGUGUAGGCUUGACACGUGAACCCGGCUUUCAUCAGUUUGAUGUUCGGGGUAAUGCAUUCGGUCUAUUGGCUGCUCAUCCAUUGACACCAUUGGUAUCACUCCAUCACAUAGAUAACAUAGACCCAAUAUUCCCUAGUAUGACAACAUCCAAGGCAAUGCAACAUUUAUUCCAUGCAGCAAACGUUGAUCCUCAGCGGAUUUUGCAACAAACGGUCUGCUACGAUCGUUGGUCUUCAUGGACUUUUUCGGUUUCAUGGGGCUAUGCCAUUCAAGCAUACAGCAAACCUGUAUCUUUACCAGAUGUUCUCCCUGUGCCAGAAACAUUCAGGCAAUGGAAACGGGGAAAUGUAUUGGCAGGAGUGUACACAUUUAACACGAAAAAAUUCCACCCACACCCUUGCCAGAGACCCACAAUCUUCUAUUUAAACAGUGUAUCUUCUACCAAGCACGGAAUAAUCGAGACUGUUUACAAUAAAUCUCACGAAGAUUGCACGCUUUUCAUGGAUCCGACGCGGAAACUCGAAGAAAUCCGAGUUUUCACUAAGAAACUAGACCUUAACCACAAGCAGAUGCAGGCACCGAGAAGGCAUUGUUGUGACGUGUUACCGUCUAAAUCCGGCAAAGUUUUGGAUGUUGCGAUUCGGGAAUGCGGUGAAGAUGAACUGAUUUACAUGCAUGCAUAGAUGUUUAAUUUCAGACUGUGUUAAUGGGUAGAUUCUUAAAUGUCAUAUGUUGCUGGCAUGCGGUGUAAGUUCAAAUAUUGUAGUAUUUUUGAACUUGGCCUUGAUUCAACAUUGAAUUCGAGCAGAGUACGAAUAUUUCGUUUCGUUUUUCAGUUAAAAAGCAGAAA